AUGGCUUUUAUCAUGAAAGAUUCCCCUGAAUGUGUUAAAUCCGAAUUAGAACUUUUUCAUUUACCUGGAACUCAAACGGCGAUUCAGAGCGGCCAAUGGGUUCAGUUUCAUCCUCUAUCUAAUGUAUUUGACGGAGGUCCCGUAGAAUUUCAUAUUUCAGGCAGUGGAGAAGAUUAUAUUGACUUGUCACAAACACAACUCUACGUGAGAGCAAAAAUAAUAAAAACGGAUGGUUCACCUCUGGAUAAAGAUGCUAGCAUCGGCCCAGUAAAUUUGUUCCUGCAUUCUUUAUUUUCUCAGGUGGAUGUCACAUUAAACGAACGACUGGUGUCUUCUUCUAGUAACACAUAUCCCUAUAGAGCUUAUAUCGAAACUUUGCUCAAUCACGGCCAUGAUAGUAAAACUUCAAAAUUGACAGCUGAAAUGUAUGACAAAGAACUAGAGAAGCGAUCUUCCUUUUUUAAACUGAGGUCUACUGUUGAUAUGAUUGGUGGCAUUCAUUUUGAUUUAUUUCAUCAAGAAAGGCUUUUAUUAAAUAUGGUGGAUGUUAAAUUAACUCUCAUAAGAAGCAAGCCGGAGUUUUGUUUGCAAGGAAAAGCAGGUCAUAAAGUGGUUUUAGAACAUGUAUCUCUUUUCGUGAGAAAAGUGCGUGUGAGCCCUGGAGUUAUCCUAGGUCAUGCCAAAGCGUUAGAGAAGAGUAAUGCCAAGUAUCCUAUUAAUAGAGUAUUAUGUAAAGUCUAUUCCAUUCCCCAAAAUAGCAUGUCCUUGAUACAAGACAACGUUUUUGUUGGCCAGAUGCCUCAAAGAAUUGUAAUGGGAUGUGUUGAUAAUGACGCUUUUCAUGGAAAUUUUGCCAAGUCACCAUUUGAGUUUAAACAUUAUCACCUGAAUUUCAUUGGAGUGUACGUCGACGGACAGCCUGUGCCUUACAAUCCACUGGAACCAAAUUUUGAUAACAACAAUUAUAUUCGAGCUUAUCAUAGCCUGUUUUUCAAUAAAUCCCAGCAAGAUAAAGGCAUUUUUAUAUCCAGAGAAGACUAUUUACAAGGUAAUGUGUUAUUUGGUUUUGAAUUAUCGCCAGACCUUUGUGAUGGGGAGCAUAUGAAUCUCAUUAAGCAUUCUAAUCUACGGAUUGAGUUAAAGUUCAGCCAACCUCUCGAGCAAACCGUGUGUGUGAUUAUCUUUGCAGAAUUUGAUAACGUGAUUGAAAUUAAUAAAUCGAGGAACAUCAUUUUUGACUUUAACUGA